UUCUUCUUCUAGAAACGUUCCUACGCUUGCGUGAGGCGUGUUGCUGCUGGACAAGGACAUUGGGAAAUGGAAUGACAUUUGUGUAACGUUUGAUAACUUCCAAUUUCGUAACAUUACGUGGGAAAUCAAAAGUAAAGUACAUGACUUUGAGGAUUAUCAUCUGGUCCUUGCUAAACUGACUCAUCGCAAUUGCUAUCCAAUUCGCUUCUGACACAGGCCAUCUGCAUGUAAUUGUGAUGGACGCUGUAGGAGAGAGGAAUAACGUCGUGGGAGAUACAAAAAGGUGGGAUCAGCCAGCUGCGGCUUCCCGCAUGCGCAAUUCAUUUGCAGUCUGGACUCGGAGGGGUGAACAUCUCCUGCUCUGACUGCAGCUGGGAGGGACUGCUGCGUGAGGACUGGGGCCGGUGGGUGCUUUGGGGUGGGGCCCACGGCAGCACCUGCUGCUUGUUGAGAAGAGUUUCUUAUUUGGGAUUGAGAGGGGACCAAGAAGAUAAAGAGCUGGUCCUUCCUUUGGGUGGCAUGGUGGUCUGGUGACUGUCUGGGGUGUCCCCUGCCCCUGGUGACUUGGGUUACACCCUACCCCCUGUCGUGAAUGGCUGCAUGUAGAGGGGCCCUCGCCAUGUGGGCGGGGUGUGUGAGGAACCAUGGCACCAGGCUACCAGUCAAGCAACAGUGCUGGAGUCUUGCACAGGCGCUGGAUGUGCAGUGGAGUGGACAGAUUCGGCCUCUCAGCAGCACGUCAUGGGCCCUGGUUCCCCCCAACAGUCUGAGGUACCAGAACAUCAAGCAGCCGUCCCUGUCACACCCCUUCCACCAUGCCAGCCACAGCCAGAGGGCUCCGGGCCUGGACGAGGACUGGGAAGAGACUGUCAGCCUGUGUGUGCUGGUGCGGACUGUCCCUGGGGAGUGUGAUGACCAGCACACCCUGGUGGAGGUGCCUCUGUUUGGGCAGACUAAACUAAGUGAGAUCCUGGCUCCGAGAGGAGUCGGUAGGCCCGUGGAGUUCCUCUUCCCCAUGACCACUGUGGAUGGGAGCCGAGAGGACGACAUCAGUGUUGGGAAGAUGAAUGAGGGAGAAUGGCUGCAUGAUGAUGCAGAAAAGAGGGAGAGAGGAUCGUUCCGAAGCCUGUUUGAGACGGAAGGAUGUCCUGCUCCAUUUAUGUAUGGAUCCAGGUUUUACUGCUUCCACUGUCCUGGAAUGGAGCCGUUGCCUGGUUACGGGGACAAAUCGGGCAAUAUGAUUGGACUAGAGAAAGAGUUGUCGCUGUUCCACACUUCUCUGUAUAGUAGCUACACGGAGAGAGAGACAGUGGAGGGUGCACACAGCGACAAAGAGAGGGGGGAUGAGGAGAAACUGGCCUUGAUGUAUGAAAAGCUGAGGAUUGAGCUUCCUAGUUUUUUUGUGAAGAGUCAUGACUACACCAUGUACACAAAUGAUAUCGAGUUCGUCAACUGUAUUCUAAAUGCCAAGACCAGGGGCAGAGUUCUGUACCAGCUGAGCCUGUCUCUGUGGAGGCUGCUGUGUCUCUGUUACUAUGCUGAGGCCCGGUUAGAGGUAUUGAAACUGACUAAGCACCCAGAGGACAGGACCAUCAAGGCCAGGUGGAGGGUCAGAGGACUGCCCUUCCUCUCUCUUCUGCUUAGAUUCUACCGCAAGGACAAAACUGACCUCUACAGGUCAUAUGAUGCGCUCUCCACCUUCUACCUUGGCCAUGAUGGACUCAUACACUGUCACAAAGUGGAAAAAAUGAUGAAGGCCCAGCCGCCCAUCCUGCCCAGGGUGACCACUCUGUUAGCGGGGGCCCUUGUGGCCCUGGGGGUCCAGGAGCACCGGCCAGCCCUCAACCUCCUGCCCCCCCUGCUCUCCUCCCUCCGACAGAGCCGAGACGGAGAGAAAGGAGGGUCUAGAGGAAGAAGCAUGUGUGUACCAUGAGAGGAGUAACACGCACAGAGAGGGAAACAUGCAAUCAAUGUUGUCCAGGUUAUCCCUGAUCACCCGCACAAUCUCCCCCUAUUGUACGCCUCCUCUGGAAAAAUAACUAAAUUAAAAUAAACCUUUCCAAACCCAUUCUCUCUUUGGACUCCCACAGCAUUAGAAAGCCGCUAAUAUUUUAGUUCAUAUGCAAUCCAGAACUUCAGUUUAUCCAAUAAGUUGAGUUGGUACCUUAACGCACAAACAAAUGAUCGCACAGCACUGAGUGACUGCUUGUGGGAUGUUGAACCUCUCUUUGGGCCUAUACGCUCACCAUGCACAUAGCCUGCUGCUCAGAAAAGUAUCUGCUAAAUGGCGUAUAUUAUUGGACAAACCUAUUUUCAUUACAUGAUGACACUGUUAAAUGCUGAAAUGCAAGAUUAUAUUGGAAUCAAUCAUUUUGUGUUUCAUGUGUCCUCAGCCUGUGGGGCAUUCAAGUGUGCCUGGGAACUGGGCACACAUUUGUCACUGGUUUCUGUUGAAUAGUUGUCACUGGUGAAUGCAUUCUUGAUGUAACAGUUUGCACACAGCCCAAGAAACCCUUUAUUGAGGCCAGGGGGUCUUAAUAUGGAGAGAUUAGACCCCAUUCCAUAUAGCCAGUUGAAGUUGUCUUAUCUAUGGCCUGCCAUGACUCAAUGUGGGCCUUGUUCUAACAGACCCUCUGAUCUCUAUGUGCCAGUGGAAAGUCACCGAGAUAGCAUCCAUGUGGCAUAAAGCAACCUAAUACUAAUGCAUGAUGUUGUCGGUCCCUGUACAUACUUAUUUUGAAGUGUACAUGUCAAUCUCAUAAAACUCUUAGUUUGAAGAACCUUAAAUCUCAUGUCCUCAUUGCUGUACCUUUUAACUCACAACCCCAUUUGUACCUUGGUUGGAAACUGCUAAUGUCCUUCCAUGUUGGAUGGCUAACUGGCUGUCAGGGAGAAGAGACAGCUGCAGACUGCCUGGCUUGCAGUUAAUGUUUGACCUGACCUCGGCUCAUGUCCCUGACACUGCAACACAGUUGCAUGACAUACACUACAUGACAAAGUAUGUGGACACCUGCUCCUUGACCCUCAUUCCAAAAUCAUGGGCAUUAAUAUGGAGUUGGUCCCACCUUUGCUGCUAUAAGUCUCCACUCCUCUGGAAAGGCUUUCCACUAGAUGUUGGAACAUCGCUGUGGGGACUUGCUUCCAUACAGCUCCGAGCAUUAGUGAGGAUGGGUGAUUAGGCCUGGCUUGUAGGCAGUGUCCCAAUUCAUCCCAAAGGUGUAGGAUGGGGUUGAGGUCAAGGCUCUGUGCAGGCCAGUCAAGUUCUUCCACACCGAGCUCAACAAACCAUUUCUGUAUGGACUUUGCUUUGUGCAUGGGAGCAUUGUCAUGAUGAAAAGGAAAGAGCCUUCCCCAAAUGGAAGCACAUAAUUGUCUAGAAUGUCAUUAUAUGCUAUAGCGUUAAGAUUUCCCUUCACUGGAACAAAGGGAACCAUGAAAAACAGCCCCAGACCAUUAUUCAUUCUCCACCAAACUUUAGAGGGCACUAUGCAUUGAGGGCAGGUAGCGUCCUCCUGGCAAUCGCCAAACCCAGAUUAGUUCGUUGGACUGCCAGAUGGUGAAGCGUGAGUCAUCACUUCAGAAAAUGUGUUUCCACUGCUCCAGAGUCCAAUGGCGGUGAGCUUUAAACAACUCCAGCCGACACUAGGCAUUGCGCUUGGCAAUCUUUGGCUUCUGUGCAGCUGCUCGGCCAUGGAAACCCAUUUCAUGAAGCUCCUGAUGAACAGUUAUUGUGCUGAAGUUGCUUCCAAAGGCAGUUUGGAACUCGGUAGUGAGUGUUGCAACCAAGGACAGAUGAUUUUAACAUGCUUCUGCACUUGGCGGUCCAAUUCUGUGAGCUUGUGUGGCCUACCACUUCGUGGCUGAGCUGUUGUUGCUCCUAGACAUUUCCACUUCACAAUAACAGCACUUACAGUGGACUGGCAAAGCUAUAGCAGGGCAGAAAUUUGCCGAACUGACUUGUUGGAAAGGUGGCAUCCUAUGACGGUGUCACAUUGAAAGUCACAGCUCUUUAGUAAGGCCAUUCUACUGCCAAAAUGUGUCUAUGGAGAUUGUAUGGCUGUGUGCUCGAUUUUAUACACCUGUCAGCAACAGGUCUGGCUGAAAUAGCCGUGUCCACAUACCUUUGUAUAUAUAGUGUAUAUAGCACUCUGGAGUCAGGUUUCUGAAAAAAUGUGCAUUUGCCUCUUCGGGACUGAGACUUCUGUUAUUUUCUGAACGGUAAACAAUACUCUUGAUUGGAAUGACAGUUGACUUUUAAUUUAAUUGUUAUUAUAAGUUUCAAAAAAAGGAGUAUGUGUAGAAUAUUGAGUACCUGUCAUCAGAAUGCGACUCAAGCUUCAAGCCUCUGCAUCAUUGAUAAAAUAUGUUUCACUCAACAUGAUAAUGUGUGUUUGAGACUACAAUACAUAUGCUUUCUUAAACUAGGUGACAAAGCAUGCCAUGUGUUAAAUCUAGCAUGACCGUUAUUAAUACUCAAUAACACUUUACUUUGAGGGGGCAUACGUAAGGUAUUCAUAACACCUCAUGAAUGACGUUGAAUAAAUAAGUUAUGAAGGUUGUUAUGAAUGAUACUGGGACACUUGUAACGAUCUCUUUCAUUAAGUUUUUAUCCCCUUCAAGUGACUUGUUACCUAACUCUUUAGUAUCAGUAAAAUUCAAUCAGUACAAAAAUCGUAAUGGAAAAAAUGACAAUGAAUCAUUCUCGUCUAGUGCCGUGUGUUUCGCUACUUUAAGAUUUGACUCAAACGUUUUUUUGUUGUUGCAAUAACCCAAUAUCUUGUGUGAAACCUGGCUAUGUAUGUGUGAAUAAAACUAUCUAGUGAUUAUAAAUGUG